AUGAGUAAAAAUGGGUUUUCUCCGGGUGGUGCAGCUCCCGCUCUGAGGACUCCAAGAUCCAGAGCUUGAAUCCAUGACAUUAUACCUUCUGUAAACCAGCUGCUCAUGGCCGCUGUGGUCGACAAUGUUUUCAAGGUUAGAGGAAUAGAGGUUUCCCAGGUCUCAAUUGUAGGGAUCAUCAGGAAGGUGGAGAGAGCCACAUACUACAUUCUUUACAAGAUUGAUGAUAUGACCACCAAGCCUAUCCAUGCCUGCCACUUUCUCAGUAGAGAUUAAACAAAGCAGGCGACUCCCUGUCCAAUGGGAGUGUAUGCCAAAGGGUUCGGUAUCCUCAGAGGUUCUGCGGAGGUGAGGAGCCUUGAGGUAUUGAAGAUUCGCGUUCUGGAACACAUGAACGAGUUCACCUCACAUAUUCUGGAAACAGUCGAUGCACACAUGAUACUGGAUAAAGCCCUCCAAGAGGCCUCUGGGGAAAGUGCACCCGUUGCUCCAUCUAAAGUGGAUAAGGCUCCAGAGGACGGCGAGUCUCACCUGAACUUCAAUUGGAAGGAGGUGCUGCGUUUGAUUCAUGAGUGUCCUCACCAUGAAGGCAAGAGCAUCCACUAGCUCCAGACCAAGCUUCGCAGCCUGAGUGCCAAGGCCAUCAAGGAAGCCAUUGAUUUUCUGAUGGUUGAGGGCCACAUCUACCCCACUAUGGAUGUGGAGCAUUUUAAACCUGCUGAUUGAAGUGGCGAGAAGAUUUUCAUUUUCCAAAGACCCUAGCCUCCAGCUGUGAAGUGUGUUUGAA